AUGUUGCUGCUGCUGGUGUGGUUCUUGUUGUUGUUGUUGUUGUUGUUCGUGGUGGUGCUGGUGAUGGUUGUGGUUGUGGUGGUGGUCUUCAUGCCGCGGGCAUUUUACGAGCUGAGUUUUUGGCAAAAAACAGCAGCAGCAUGCAGCAGCAGGAGCAUCAGACAAGAGAGUGCGGUCGGCUUUAGGCGCCCGGCCGCCCAACUGACUUCUUUCGGCGCCUCAUCGCGACCUCGAUCGGGGCGACUCUCGACCCGGCGUAUCAAGAGAAUAGGAAAAACAAAGGAGAAGCAAAAGGCACAGCAGAGGUUGCCAGGAAUUGGCGGCUAUGAUGUGGCCGGCGCACGGGUCAUGGUGUCGCCUGCGGAAGGGAAGAAAGGGCAUGUAAUGGCAGGGUGGGACAAAAUGUUGGGCAAUUCAGGAGGUGGAAUGCUGUUGGAAAAUGAUCCAAUGGCUGAUGUAGAUGGUGACCCCUAUGUGGCAGUGACAAAAAUGCAAAGUGAGCGCUUUGGCAAAGGAUUCAGUCUGAACCCACCACCAAUGGAUCAGGAGUACAUGCGUGAACUGCUCCACAGUGGACUUCCUCAUUUGGACCGUCCACACGGGUACCCAGGGGCCGGGAAAAACAUGGACGACCACUGGGCAGUUCUCAUGUGCUUCUUGUACGCCGUGCUCUUCGUCACGUGUUGCGGAUUUGCUCUCAUUUCCUGGAAAUUCCAAAAGAAUCGAAAUGAAGCCUGGGAUUGCGAGCAAAAGAUCGAGUGGGACACUGAACUAGGCAAGGAGGAAGAGGGCGGAGAGGGCGAAGAAGGUGGCGGGGAAGGCCUUGAAGCUGGAGGCAAGCAACUGCUGAUGAAACACACGGCAGCAGUUGAAUUGAUUGGUUGCCUCCAGAUCUUCCAAGGCAAUUCUGCCAUUUUCAUCAACAGCUGCCACAAGAUCCGGAAGCAUUCUUUCUAUUAA